AUGGCUGAGAAAACCCCGUCGAUCGCGUCCUCAACGGUUUCCCGUACCUGGCGAGGAUGGCUGUGGGAUUCCGCCGACGUAUCUAAAGAGGAACGAAUGUUUCUCUUCAAACUGGACGCUUCGCUAUUGACAUUCGGAACUCUCGGAAUGCUGAUUAAAUGGAUCGACACUUCCAACAUCACCAACGCUUUCGUCUCGGGCAUGAAGGAGGACCUCAACCUCUAUGGCAACCAGUACAACUACAUCGUCGUCUCCUGGACCGUUGGCUAUAUCAUUGGGCAGUGGCCGUCCAAUUUCAUCCUGACUCGAGUUCCUGCCCAUAUUUGGAUUCCCUUUCAAGAAAUUGGCUGGACGGUCUUUACUUUCGCGCUGGCUGGUGCCAAGUCUUAUCAUGCAAUGCUGGGACUUCGUUUCGUCGUCGGGCUUUUUGAGGCGGGAUACUGGCCUGCUCUUUACUAUGUACUCGGGUCUUGGUACAAUAAGCGCGAGCUUGGAAAACGGAACGGUAUCCUCCAAUCAGCUGUAUCAAUUGCGCCCAUCUUCAGUGGCUUCUUGCAAGCUGGUAUCUACAACAGUCUGGACGGUCAUGCUGGUCUGGCUGGAUGGAGAUGGUUGUUCGUCAUCAACGGUGUCAUUUCUUUGCCGAUUGCCAUUUUAGCCUAUUUCUGCUUGCCCGACACGCCAGGAACCGCCAAGCCCAACUGGAUCUUCAACGAGCGUGAUAUUCAAAUUGCGCAAGAGAGGAUGGAAAGAGCCGGUCGCAAACCUGAAGGCAAGCCGUAUACCGUAAAGGUCAUUUUGGGCUACUUGACGAGCUGGAAAACCCUCCUUUUCACACUCAUCUUCACGAUGCAGCCAUUUGGGGGGCAACCAUUUACGGCGUUCGUCUUCUGGCUCAAGGCACACAACAAGAAGGGCAAACCUAUGGUCUACUCGGUGGCUCAGAUUAAUGAAUACCCGACAAUCGGUAACGCUUUCACGGCUGCGUACUCCUUGAUAUGCGUUUGGAUCUCUGACGGGCCAUUGCGAGGGCGACGAUGGCCUAUCAUUCUAUUCUCCAAUCUGGUCGCCAUCGUCGUGUUCGUCUUGCUGGUGGUGACACCGGUUAUGGGCCCCUUCUCACACAGAGCGCCAUUAUACAUCAUAUCAUCCAUCGGAGGAGCUUGUGUGCCCUUGACAAUGGCGUGGAUGGCUGAGCUCAUCUCCGAUAAUGCCGAGCAGCGAGCUUUCACCGCAGCUGCGAUGAACACCCUCCAAUACACUUUCCAAGCUUGGAUCCCACUAGUCUGGUUCCAGCAGAUCCAUCAGCCAUACGUCACUGCCGGCAACCGAGCCGCAGCCGUAGUAGCAAGCUUCAACAUCAUCGUCUUCAUCACCAUCGCCGUCCUCGCCCAUAGGGAGAAGCUGGCCAAGAAGCGCAAGCAUCAACUUCAAGCUACGUCGGACUCGCCCGAGCCAGGGACAUCAGUCGACGAAGGCAAUGAGAAAAGCUUAUCUGUCGGUGUGUUCGCUCUCCAGCCCGCGACUGUAGAGGCAGCAGGGCGGCCUAUUUAAGUCUAGAGUAGUUCUAUCGAUGUACUACUCUUAUGAAGGAGGUUUACGAGGCCGUGCGUUAUGCGAUGAGCUGCUGUACCGCGAUAGCACGCGCCGAAUCGCGAAGUGGUCAGGACUGUAGUUUACGACAAACUAUUCAAUCGAAUCCAUGUACAGAUCGCAC